AUGGCUACGCUUAUCCUGUACAAAUGCGGCACUUUCUUCUUCAAUUUUCCACAAGCAAUCGCUGCUCUGCGACACGAUCUUCUCAGCACCGCCGAUCUUCAGAAUAUCAUCAUCGACCUUGACUUGGAUAUUAUAUUCUCAUCCCUACACAGCCAAGACGCAACAGAUCUUGUCAAGCAGUUCGCACAGCAAACUAUCACCCUUACUCGAAGAUUUUGUGUAGUCCAGAUUAGGUGUGUCUCCGAGGCGGGCUUCCUACUGGGCGAGAUGGGAGAGGUAAAAGCGCUUACAGAUGCAAUUGGUGAGUUGAAGGGUUUCAGGACUGUCUUGGUGAAAGUUGCGCGUUCGAGGUGGAAGUUGAGGAAGAUGAUGGAGCAUGUUCUUCCGUUUGAUGAGGAGUUGGGGACUCACUGGGAGGGGACCAUGUGCAAGAAGGAGAUAAGGUGGGACGAUGAUCUGUAG